AUGUGCAUAUUUCUAAACUUGAAAACAAUCAGAGUGCGAAGUGUAUUUGAUUGUUUUCAAUGGUUGAACUUUGACACAGUUUUUUCUUUGACAGUGACGGACGGCAAGCUGGUGGUCAAAGGUAACGUGCACAGAAAUAACAAUGACUUAAGAUAGAACGUUUAAUUUACCCCACAAAAUAACGUUAUAGCUGUGUUUGUGGCUACAGGGACGUUUUUACUUGCAGUACAAGGACGAUGAUGUUACAUCUAGCUAAAUUGUUACACUGUAUCCACACAUUUCCUUCAGAUGGCAAGUUCCAGGAAAGUGAUUGAACUGUUUUAUGACGUGGUGUCUCCCUACUCAUGGGUUUGCUUUGAGGUUAGUGUAUUUAGAUUGUACGUUUCAAAAUUUCAGAGGUAGAGUUCUAUGCAUUGACUAAUCAUUGUGCAUGCAUGUAUCCGAUCUUUAGGUCAUGUGCCGUUACAGAAAUGUGUGGAACAUUGACCUUAAACUACGUCCUGCGUUCUUGGGUGGCGUCAUGCAAGGGUCAGGUAAGUAGCUAAGAUCAACAGUACACAAACCAGACUUCACAAUAGGCUAUGGAUGGACUGUCAUGUUUACAUUGCACAUGUUGUCAGUCAGCCAUUAAAAAGUCAUGAUGAGUCAUGUGCAUUGUGAUGUGAUGUCUGAUUUUAUUGUUAUCCUGUAUUCCAGGUAAUAAGCCCCCAGGUCUGGUCCCAAACAAGUUCCUGUAUAUGACCACAGACCUGCAUCGUCUAGCCCAGUACUUCCAGGUCCCCAUCAGUCCCCCUACUGACCCCUUUGAGGCCAUGUUCGAAAAAGGUGCCCCCCCCCCGCUUAUAACAAUGCUAUUGGAUAUAUAUUCAUGAGACACAUGGGUGGGGACAACACUAAUAUACCUGUACUGUUUCAUAUAUAGAACGUAUCUUAAAGAUCAAUGAAGGCUUCCUAAUAUAGAUCAAACAGCAACAGGUGCUGACAGGAAGUCUCUCCCUGUAACAUUCCAUUGAGUACUGCUGUCUGUUGGGGACACUCAGGGAGAGAAACAUCUGUGCUGUCAACAUGUCUGUUCUAUAUUAUCAAUUAGCUUUAUCCCUCUAUACCUAAUACACUGCUCUGUAUGGUCUCUCUUAGCCUUUUUGUGCCUCGCCGUCAAGCAAAAUAAACUUGCUGACCUCACGGUCACCACAUUUCUCUCUUGCAACCAUGUAUUUGUCUGUCCCAGGCUCGCUGUCUGCCAUGCGCUUUGUGGCGGCGGUACAGGAGAGGGAGGUGGGCGGAGAUAAGCAGGUAGAGCAGGUGUCCCGGGAGCUGUGGAUGAGGAUCUGGAGCCAAGACAAAGACAUUACCCAGCCUGCAUCACUCUCUGAGGUACCAGGAAGUACUCAGUCGUUGGAGCUUGAGUUCAAGGCUUCUCUCCAUUCAUCAUCUGUCUAGUGUCUUUCACAAAGUUGCCUUUCACAGAAUAUCAGAAAAAUUUGCAUUUUACUAAAAUGCUAAAAUGUCUUAAGUGUUAUCACCCAACACUAAUGCAAUUGCACUCAAGAACGCAAUCCCUGAGUGCUGGAAGGCAUAAUCCUCCUAGAGCAGUUUGAGAUUGGGUCUGGGUAGAUAGUGGCAUCAUGGAUUUGAACAUUGCAGGUUGUUUGUUUAAUGUGAUUCAUGUUUUUUCCAGGCAGCCAUGAAGGCAGGGCUCUCAGCCAGUGAGGUGGAAGAGCUGCUGAAACUGUCCACCUCUAAGGAAAUCAAAGACAAGCUGAAGAGAUCCACUAAGGAAGCACUGGACCAUGGG